AAAACGAGAAGGAAUCUGCUGAAGACGGAAAUCCGAACCAGACAACACGUAAGCUUAACCCGCUGCGUAUAUAAAGGUCAAAAGAACUUAUGACCGUCCAAGUAAUUGUUACAUACGACCAGGCUCUAGCUAUGCUCGGUAAGCAAUGGUAAGGUAUGGAAAUUAAUCGUGGUAUUAUCCACUCACUUUUAGACGACGAAUGCGUACAGAAUGAAGGCUGUUCCCUUUCGGCUGCGUCGUCGAAGUCCAAAUCAAAAGGUUUCGGAAAAAGGCUUUUUGGAAAGCUUAAGAAGGUAAGGUAGAGUCGAUCAGUAUAGCUUUUUUUAAUUUAGUGAAAUUCGUAUUAAGAUACAUUUUCUUUUUCAGUCUUCAGUGCUACGUUACAAUGUUAUCACUAAACUGAAGGUUUAUUUAAGGUGGCUGAACACAGUUUUGCGCGCGGUCAGCGGUAACUCGCGUGGCGGCGCGUGUUUUAAAUUAGACAAGCAAACAUGGUGGCGAAAAAAGCAGUGGUACAGAGGAGAUGAUUUCUCAAAAUCUACUCAUUAAAAUUUUGUGAUAUUUGGCAGAAUUUUUCCUUUUAUCGUAUUUUAAAUAAUGAGAACUUUAAAAUGGAAGUUCAACAGACAAAUUUUGUGACACAUUUAAUAAUUACAGUACGAUUGUAUUAUUGAUUAUCUAAAAACUUGUCUGUUAAAAUUUGGUCAAAUAAGUUUCAAAUGGUAAUGAUUAAUAAUAGUAAGCUGUGUGCAAGUUUAUAGGAAAAUCUAAUGAGCGAACUUUAUGUAAACUGGGCAAAAGUGGAAUUUUAAGGUUGUAUUCAGUCGUUCAUGUUGCCAUGGAAACUACGAAAAAGUCACAUUUUACCUGUCAAUCAAAAUCUUUUAUCAGUGUAUUUUUCACUUGCCAAGUUUCAGCUUGUGAGCUGCAAACUUGCUCUUGCCAUGAUUUGGCAAAUAACAUAUACUCACUAACUGCCAAAACUGUGUUCAGCCACCUUAACAGACACAUUUUAAUCGCUGGCGAGCCUUAGCAACACACAACGCUAUUUGCUCUCUCAAUAUUCGUUAUACUGUAUUUGAUUCUCCAUAAAAGUUCAAUUGCUUCUCCUGUUACCAACAAAGUAGUGUAGCCCGAAAAAACAGGACCCACUUAUAUAUUGAAACUAUUAUUCUAUUUAAGAUUUCAUUUUCAUUUAGUGAAAUUAAAAUUUUAGCACUUGGCUCCGGUUUGGAGAAAGGUCAUCCAAAGUUUCCUUUUGUAAAUCAUGCAAUUUUCAAUCUGCAUUUUAAUUUUUGCCUAUGGUUUUGUUUGACAAUUCGGAUGACAUACAAAAAAAACCCUCAAGCUGGUCCGUGACGUUUUGAUAGUUCAAGGCAGGGCCUUUUCCAGACAUGUGGUAUAGAUAAAUGUAAAGAAAGAUCGAUCUGCUAUCACCGAGGGUGCGAGCCAGUGGGGAGAUCUGGGGCACGCUUCCCUCAUACCACCCUCCCAGAAAAGUUUGAAAUGUGGAAGCUCAAAAACGCUGAUCUCGGAAUGUUUCAUAAGGUCUUGCAAUGUAAUGGCCAGAAUUUUGGCAUAGAUAUGGGAUCCCUAAGGGCGGCAUCGGGUUGGGGGGAGGAGGGAUAUGGGGCAGCACGCACGUCUCCCUCACUCCUUCCUCCCGGAAAACUCGAAUCUACGGAUUUAGAAACGCUGUUUCCGGAAUGUGUCAUAAAGUGUUUCUUCAGAAAAGUCAAUCUCAUUCAUCUAGGGAUUAUUUUUUCCAAUUAUGCCUUUCAAUUCAUUUAAUUUUAGCUUAGUUAAAAUCUAUAGACGAGACAAGAGCCUUUUCUUACCCCUUGCUAGCUACUGCUCCACAAUCUACCGGCAAAUUAGAUCCUGUGAAAGGUUUGAACCCAGGAGUCUUUUCAUAAGUUGGCUGAGCAUGAUCGUCCGGGUGAACGUAGUCCUAACAUAGGACUUUUGUUGUUGACAGUGACUAACGUUUCGACAACUUAUUGGGUGGUCAUUUUCAGAGUCAAAGUGAGUUGUAUCACGUCAGUUUUAUGGUAUUAAACUCUGGUUAUUGACUUGAUUGGUCAAUUAAGUCGCAAUCUUAUUGGUCGUCUGUCAGUUAAGCCGUGCCGUUAGUUUCUAUGAAGAGUCGAAGUGUCAUUGCAUUUUGGUGCGUUUCGACUCGUCUAUUGUCACAGUUUAACAGUCGUUUAUUGUUAGUCAAAUUGUCGGUUGUCCAGUCUUGUAGUUAGUUUUGCUUGAGUCCGUCAAUAAGUCGUUUGUACGGUGCCGGUAACUGUUGAUCUUGCCUACUUUUGUUAUUUUAUUUCACUCAGCUUAAACCAGGCCGAAAGUAUCAGGGACUUUUAGCCCAAAUUACCUCCUUGGAGAGCGAGAAGGCAGUCGCUGAAUCCAAAAUUAACCAGUUACAACUUGAUAUGUCUAACAAGGCAGCGGCAGCGGAAUCCAAAAUUCAGGGUCGUAACAUGGUAUAUGGGCUCAUGGCUCAAAGCCCAAAAUAUAACUGGGAUCAGGGCUCAGAGGAAAGGGCUCAGGGCUCAGAAGAAUGGGAUCAGGGAUCAAAAGGCUUUUGAGCCCGAAUCAGAGCUAAUCAGGGAUCAGAUUUUUUACACAGUCUAAAAAUCUCUUAUCAAAAUAUUUUUCCGCUCAAUAAGGUUUGUGUCCAUAGAAUUUCCGGGCCGAGGUACAUUUAAUACCUAUUCUUGCUUCUGGCUGGCGACAGUUCCUGUCAUACGAAGUCCUGGUUAUUUGACGAAAACAUGGUAUCAUAUUCUUAGUUUAUUGAUUGUUGAGGGCACCGUAAUAUGAAUCUCAAGUCACUUUUCUCGCUUUGUAACGCGACUCCUCAACACGCUGUCAACGCCAGAAGGCAGAGAAAGCGAUUUAUACAUAUCUUUUUUUGCGAGAAAAGGGGAAGAAGAAAAAGAACAAAAAGAAAUCCUGUGACAGAGAAAGGUACGUACGUACUUCCUUGACUUAUUUACUCCUGGCAAGGGUCCAAGCAUAGAGUUUUUGGGCCGAACAAACAUAACAAUACACCGCCAGGACAAUGGACAAACCGAUUCAUUGAAAGCGGAAUUUACUGUAUAGGUCCCGAUUGCCUCAUCGCCUUAAGCAAGUCACAAGGCGACUAUGAAUCGAGGUUCGUAUUUUUUGACCAGUAACUUAACUCUUAAAAGUACUUAUAAAUAAUGAGAAUGGACGUCAAAAGUAGAAUACAAAAGUACAAUGAAUUCCCUCGCUUUGUUGCAAAAUAAAUGCUUUCUCGCAAUUUAAUAAAUCUGGUCUAAUUGCAUGGAGUCUUAGGGUUAUCUCGAACUCUGAUGAGAAACCGAGAUCGGUUCACCUACCAGUACUAGUAUUCGGCCGAGAAAGUAAAGGACACAUUCCGUUACUGUAUAACUAAUAAAUGCUUGUUGUAUGAUAAAUACCGUAUUUAUUCGAUUAACCGCCCUGGGCGCUUAUUAAAUUUUUGGACCUUGAGAGUGGGCGCUUAUUCGAGGUGGGCGCUUAUUCGAGGCUGGGCGCUUAUUAAAUUUUCAACAUUUUCAGCAAGUGUAGUAUGUGUAUUUUCCAACAAAACCAUAAAUGCUAAUAACAGAACGCGAAGAUGUAACAAAGCAAGGUUCCUGUAAAAUACUUUGAAGAAAACUCCGUCUUCGGCAAAGUCUCUUAUUAGUAUUUAUUCAGUUUUAGGGGUGGUCGCUAAUUUGAGUUUGAGUGGGAGUGGGAGGAAGGUGUGGUGGGGUGGGCGCUUAUUCGAGGCUUGGCGCUUAUUAACUUUUUCUGCCUUUAGGAUGGGCGCUUAUUCGAGGUGGGCGCUAAUUCGAGGUUGGGCGCUUAUUCGAAUAAAUACGGUAGUCUGAAAUUACAGUGUAGAAUUAGUGAAAAUAAGUGGAACACCAAAGACUUACCUCGGUGAAAUAAAAGUAACAAAACCUUUAUAGUUUAUUUUAUUUAGUUUUUUUUUUAUAAUAGAAACGGUUGAAUUGGCGAAAGGAAUGUUGCAUACUCCAUACUAGAUAUAAGUAGCAGAGUCCUCAGGAAUUUAAUAUAUUAUAGCACUAAGCAUGAAACGCCACCAGUAAGGGGCCCACUAUUUGAUUUUUGAGGCGGGGAUGGGUUAUUUUUGUCACGCAAGAUUUUUUCAGACCUCAUUCGUGCAGUGGCUAUUUUGUUUUACACAAAAUUUACAGACUUUAGUGACAAUAUUGAUCUAGAAGAAUUUUUUCGGCCCUUUGGGCUAUUCGGCCUCGGCUUAUGUAAUGGUUGGCCCCGAAAGGUAUCACCACCUUAGAUUUGGAGCCUGAAUUUUUUAGUGGAGUGAGAACACCCGCUCUGAACGACUACGCAUCGUGGCGGCCCAGCUGCCUUUUAGAAUCAAUAGAGAGGCUCCACCAAUCCUCGUUUAUAUUUUAUACCGGUCUUCAAAGCCUUUACACACAGACAAAGCUGGGUCCAAAGGCACCGGAAUGGCUUCGAAAGUCGCACGGCAAGAGUAAACCUCAAGGAGGAUAUGGACGAGAAAACGAGCGCGGAGGGAAAGGAGCGACAAAGGAAGGCAUUGCAGGGCUUUGCGAAAGAAUUCGGACGAGGUGUGCGACAGCAACGAACGAGAGGGAAGACCAAAGAAAGAGCUGGUACACUUCCACUUGCUCUGAGUAUGUUCAGAAGGAAUGCGUCGGCACAUGGAAAAGUCGAUCUGCUGAAAGUGAGGUUCAAGGGAGUGAAGGACAAACUACAGUUCAAGACGCAGCCGAAGAAUAUGAGAUUAUCUAUUCAAAAGGCGACGUAGUUGCUCUCAAGCACAAUUACAAGAGGUGUAUCAUUCUUUCUUCCUUGCAGUUCUUUUAAAAGAUCUCCACCAUAACGGUGAUGCAUUCGUGGAAGAUCACAUGGGUUUGAGAUGUCUGGAACAGUCAGAAGAAGAUCCCCUUGUAUACCAGACUGGGCACCGUCAACUUAAGUGUAUCAUUGGGAAAGUUCAAAUAAUAAAAGAUGGAAACAACUUCAGUUUGAGCUGCCUUGAAGAGCAACGCCUAGUUGUAUUGCUCCAGGGGACAAUUGAAUCAGAUGAUUCACCUGCGUCAGGUGGUGACGAAGAGGAAGGGGAGCAAGCUCAGGCGGACAACUUUUCAGAGCCAAUUAGAUUUGAAGCUGGAAGGAGUAGGUCUGGAAGACCUACCACCAGAUAUGUCCUCUGACAAUCUACAAUGGUUAUUAAGCCAGGAAAAGCCAUUAAUGGGCUUGACAUAGAUAUGCUGGUAAACUGUAGAGCCUGUGGCUUGCAUCAUUCAAUUUUUCUACUUCAUGUAAAGCAGGUAUUUUGUUAUUGGUAAUUGAUCGUGAUCCUCACUGUAACACACACAGAGUGAAAGAGACUACAACAUCAACAGGGAUAGCAGAAUAGAAAGCUCUGAUAGAACCUACAACUUGCACUAAAAAUUAAAGUUAAUGUUUUUCUCAUAAGCCCAUUUGAGCAUGUUCUAUAUUCUAUUUGGAGAUAAACAAAGUUGCCUAAGUUAAAAUUUUGUGUAAAAACAUGGAUAGGAUCAAUUCUUUUAUCAGGGCUCAGGGAUCAAAAUUUUGGGGAAAAUGGGGCUCAGGGAUCAAAAUAACGGCAAGAAAAUAGGGAUCAAUGGGUCCCGGAUAUACCAUGUUACGACCCUGAAAAUUAACCAGUUACAACUUGAUAUGUCUAACAAGGCAGCGGAAGUGGAAAAGGCACACAAAGAAAGAGACGAUUUAAAGGCUGAAGUCUCGAAAUUACAGUUGGAGGUAAAAGGAUCAAAGACACAGUUAGCAAGAAAGAAUAUUGACACUCAAAAGAAAUAUUAUUUAUUUAUAUUAUUUUCCUCUUUUAGCUCGAAAAGGCACAAUCAGAGAUGGAAAAAAUGAUCGCUUCGCAAGCUCUUGAGGUGAGCGCAUGAUUCUUUCUCCCAGUGUUUUAUUGACUGGCCAGAUAUGUUAGGAAUAAGUUUUUUUGAGUUUUUGCCGUUCUCAUUUCCGUCGCCGUCGCCUUUACUUGCGUAUCUAGUUUGUUUGUUUGUUUAUAUCGUUGUUGUUGUUGUUGUUUUUUUCAAUAUCGAGCAAUACGUUGAACCAAGGCUCAUGUUUUUACCGAGUCAGAUGCGUUUGCCCGAAGGCGGUUAUUUAUGGAAGCGGGGCGUGCGAGGACCCAUUGGAGGGAAGUGGAGGUAUCGCUGGUUUAAAGCAAAGAAGAAUGGCGAGAUCCGUUAUUACAAGAGAGACGGAAAGACGAAGACUUUUAUGGGGUUGGUAUCUGAGUAACUAUAAAUGUUGCCUUUAAUAACACUGUCUGAACACAUUCACACACUAGGUUAAUUCAGCUAAUCUCUAUUUCUGGGAAAGAUGGAGCUGAAUAAUUGCCGUCCACUCCCUUUGCUCGAGAGAAACGUAACAGAGCUCGUUUUCCCUGAUGUACCUUUAACGAGUGCCUGAUACUGAGCCUAUAAAGUCGCACUGUGUGUAAGGUAGAAGUUGCCAGGUGUAUUAUGUUAAUUGAAAGCAACUUUUUCGCGAUCGACUAACUUUGGAUGAUUUCUUGCAGCGCAGAUAGGCGAGAUUCUACACAUAAAAAAAAUAAUACAAUAAUUCGAACCUUCAAGGAAAACAGAAAAAAGUUCCAGUUAUCGGUAGUUCGAGUUAUCGAGGGUAAAAUUAUGUAGAAAAUGUUCUGAAGGGAAAUGAAAAUUGCUUCGAGUUAGCGUGAGGUUCGAGUUAGAGGGUUCGAGUUACCGGGAGUGGACUGUACAAACAUAACAGUACAUGCAGUCAUGUAAUACUCCUUUACUGCCACACUAAGUUAACAUUAAAUGUUAAAUUCCGCCACAUCGGAUGGAAUACUGUAUUUUUCACGUUUUUAGAUCCAUAGAUGUUCGCAUGAUCACAGAAGUUACCGAUCUGCCAGAUUCGGAACAAAAUGAAGAGAGUUCCUGCUUUAACAUCAUUACACCUGAUAGAACUUAUGAGAUAAAGGGAAUUGACAAGGACGAAAAAUUAAGGUAUGGCCGAGUUGUACCUCCACAUCUUGUUGUUUUGUUUUUGUUUGUUUGUUUGUUUGUUUUUUAAGUCUUUAUUGGCGAAAUUUCUUAUCAAUGAGGUCAAUAUUUUUGCAGCGAUCAUCCUAAUCAAACUAAGAACUUUUAGGAAAUUUAAACUUACCCAUGACUACGAAAAUUACCUCACAAAUGUAAGAAACAUCAAUCAUAGAGUAGCAAUCACAAAGCUAAGAUUAAGCAACCACAAACUAGCAAUUGAAACUGGACGAUACGUUAAACCCUAUCAACCACCAGACCAAAGAAUCUGUCCAUUAUGUAAAACUGGAUUAGAAGACGAGGAGCAUUUUUUGAUGAAUUGCAUAGCCUAUAGGGAUCCUAGUAGAGAGCUGUGUUCAAUACGCUAAAAAAGGAAACUAAUCUUUUUCUUGACUCUAUGACUCCAAGCUCUGCCUUUGCAACGUUGAUAAGUAUGAAGCAAGGAGAGAAAACGCAAAAAAUUGUGGCUAAAUAUGUAUGUGAUCGCUUCCACGAAAGAGAUAGACGGGUUAAAUAUAACCUUGUUUAGUUGUAUAAAUUCUACAAAUGUACACCUCUGUAAUUAUUGCACUAAAAUCUUUGUUAUCGUUGUAAACACAUGUGUCUCUAGGCGCUCUGUUGAUAAUAAAGCAGUUAUCCUAUCCUAUCCUAUCAUCCCUUUAUCUACAUUGUAGGUGGAUACCCCUUCAAGGACAGUAGACGAAUCUCGGGAGUCCCAUGAGAGAAAAUAGAAAAUUCGAUCAAAACCCGUUUAUUUAAUAGUCAACACUAUAGAUACGUUCUGUGUGACUACAUGGGCGGAUCCAGGAUUUUUCUUAGGAGGCGAGUGCCGGAUCCAGACGUUCAGAUGAGGGGGGCCCGGUUAUUCAGACCCUUAGGGGGGGGGGGGGCGGUCUCCCAAAAAAAUUUUUUCGGCCCUUCGAGCCUCAGUUUGGUCUAAAAAUAAGGGCAGGGGGGCCCUCCGCCCUCCCCCCGGGAUCCACCACUGGAGGGGAUGAACCACUAAGAAAUGGCGUAACUGACUGUUGACGUAAACAAAUGUUAAAAGUGAAUACGAAGAAGAAGGCUUUUGACUUGGCAAUAACAUAAUGUGAACUGCUGAGAAUACAUAUCAAACAUAUCUGCAUAAGCCGCAGGGCAUCUCGGGAGGGGGGGGGGGGGGGUGAGCACUCCCUGCACCCUUCCCCCUAGAUCCGCCCCUGGACUAUACGCUCAGGCACACAAGAGUUUUUUUUCCUGCUAAAUCAUCCAGCUUCGAUAACGGAUUUUGGGGUAUUUGUUAUAACUUUAGACAUUAACAAGUAGAACCACUGAAAACGCUUAAUAUGGUUUUGUCUUGAUAGGUGGAUGAAAACCAUUACAGAUUUGAUUCACUGGAUAAAUAAAAAAGAUGGAAAGCAGUGAAAAACUCUGAGGAAAUACAAGCAGUGGCUCUUCUAUCAGCGACCCUGGCUUUGAGUAGAGCCGGUUAAUGACCUGGUCAAUUGAUGAAAAUGAUCCAGUUUGGGGAGAAGGACAUGGCACGCGCAUCUUUAUAGUUUUUUUAAAUACAAUUAUUUAUUAUUCAUUCAAAAUUGUUCUUCAUUUUUACUGGUUUGCAUCCCGGGCUAACUCUUCAUGGCCAGUCUGCGCUGACCAAGUCAGUGGGAUAUUACAUGCUUGUUGUUAUUUUACUUGUAUUUUAUUUCUGUUGUUUUAUUGUUAUUGAGGUCAAUCGUAAUUAUCAUUCAUUCAAAACAAUUUCUCCUUUGCUGAUUGGCUCCAAUCCCCUGGGUUAAUUCUUCAUACCCAGCUAGCC